AUGGUCCGCGCCAGCACUCUCCUGCUGAGCGGCUUGGUGACUCUCGCCACCGCUCGCUCUGCAGUCCUCGACCUGAUUCCCAAGAACUUUGACAAGGUCGUCUUGAACUCCGGCAAGCCGGCCCUCGUCGAAUUUUUCGCCCCCUGGUGUGGUCACUGCAAGAAUCUCGCCCCGGUUUAUGAGGAACUGGGCCAAGCCUUCGCGCACGCCGAAGACAAGGUCAGCAUUGCGAAGGUUGAUGCUGAUGCGAACCGCGAUCUCGGCAAGAGGUUCGGGAUCCAGGGAUUCCCGACUAUCAAGUGGUUUGAUGGAAAGAGUGAAACACCGGAAGAUUAUAAGGGUGGACGGGAUCUGGAGAGUCUGACGGCCUUCGUUACCGAGAAAACGGGCAUCAAGGCGAAGGGAGCGAAGAAGGAGCCGAGUAAUGUGGAGAUGUUAACGGAUACGACCUUCAAGAGUGUCGUUGGUGGUGAUAAGGAUGUGUUUGUUGCGUUUACGGCGCCUUGGUGUGGACACUGCAAGAAACUCGCACCGACUUGGGAAACCCUCGCCACAGACUUCGCUCUCGAACCCAACGUCAUCAUCGCCAAAGUCGACGCCGAAGCCGAGAGUUCCAAGGCUACCGCGAGGUCCCAGGGCGUCACCGGCUACCCCACGAUUAAGUUCUUCCCCAAGGGCUCAACCGAGGGCAUUGUCUACCAGGGUGCACGCACUGAGGAAGCCUUUGUCGACUUCGUCAACAAUAAUGCUGGAACGCACCGUGCUCCUGGAGGCACGUUGAACGAAAAAGCCGGCACCAUCCUUGCCCUUGAUGAGAUUGUUGCGAAGUAUAUCACUUCCAAGAACUUUGGCGAGCUGGUUGAUGAGGCGAAGAAGGUUGCGAAGACUGUCGGUGGAAAGUACGCGGAGUACUAUGUUAAGGUUGCGGAGAAGCUGGCACAGAAUGAGGAGUACGCGGCUAAGGAGCUUGAGCGGUUGAAGAAGGUGCUUUCUAAGGGUGGCUCUGCCCCGGAGAAGCUGGACGAUAUGGUCUCGCGCAGCAAUGUAUUGCGUAAAUUCUUGGAAGUGGAGGAGAAGGUGGAGGACGUCGUGAAGGACGAGCUCUAG